AUGGCUCAGUACAAGGGCACCAUGCGCGAGGCCGGCCGCGCCCUGCACCUGCUCAAGAAGCGCGAGAAGCAGAAGGAGCAGAUGCAGGUCCUGAAGCAGCGCAUCGCCGAGGAGACCCUCAGCAAGUCCAAGGUGGACAGGAAGUUCUCGGCCCACUACGACGCGGUGGAGGCCGAGCUGAGGUCGAGCACCGUGGGGCUGGUGACCCUGGACGACAUGAAGGCGCGGCAGGAGGCCCUGGUGCGCGAGCGCGAGCGGCAGCUGGCACAGCGCGAGCGGCGGGAGCAGCGGCGCCGGCAGCUGGAGGCGCAGCGCAAGCGGGAGCGCCGGCGGGCGCAGCGGCGCCAGAUCCGCAGCCUGUCCUUCUCGCCCGACGACGACGACGACGACGGCCACCCCGCGGGGGGCGCCGCCGACGGGGACCCGGGCGCCGAGCCGGCCGCGCGCGCGCGGGCCCGGCGGCCCCUGGGCAAGGACCCGGCGGUGGACACGAGCUUCCUGCCGGACCGCGAGCGCGAGGAGGAGGAGCGGCGGCUGCGCGAGGAGCUGCGGCGCGAGUGGGAGGCGCGGCGCGAGCGCGUGAAGCGCGAGGAGGUGGAGGUGACCUUCAGCUACUGGGACGGCUGCGGGCACCGGCGCGCCGCGCGCAUCCCCAAGGGCAGCACGGUGCAGCAGUUCCUCAGGCGGGCGCUGCAGGCGCUGCGCCCCGACUUCCGCGAGCUGCGCGCGGCCAGCGCGGAGCAGCUCAUGUUCGUCAAGGAGGACCUCAUCCUGCCGCACUACCACACCUUCUACGACCUGAUCGUGGCGCAGGCGCGCGGCAAGAGCGGGCCGCUCUUCGCCUUCGACGUGCACGACGACGUGCGGCUGCGCAGCGACGCCGCCCUGGAGAAGGACGAGUCGCACGCGGGCAAGGUGGUGCUGCGCAGCUGGUACGAGAAGAACAAGCACAUCUUCCCCGCCAGCCGCUGGGAGCCCUACGACCCCGAGAAGCGCUGGGACCGCUACACGGUCCGCUGA